UGAAAUUCUCCAUGUUCGAAGAGUAGAGAAGAGCGCGAGGCGAAGAAGAAGCAGAGGAAGAAGAAGAAGGGGAUUUCUCUCUCUACACUCUACAGAUUUUAAGAUUACAGGAAGAUAGAGACUGGAUUUGAGCAAUGGACGAAGAGAAUAUACUGAAAUUCGUAUCGGCUUACUUGAAGAAGAAAGGAUUCAAGCAAACCGAGCACGCAUUCCAAGAGGAGCUUCAACAUAGCAAGACCACCAACUCCUCGUCGUCCCAAAUCUCCUCCAAUUCCCAAUUCGACCCCGAUAUCGCCAAACAGAUUCUCUCCUUCGCCGAAUCGGAGAACGGUCCUACACGAUAUCAGGAUGGUUAUAGCAAGUUGAGGUCAUGGACUUAUAGUUCUCUGGAUUUGUAUAGGAAUGAGUUGCUUCGUGUGCUAUAUCCAGUUUUUAUCCAUUAUUUCAUGGAUCUAGUUGCAAAUGGUCACCUUCAAGAAGCUCGAUCCUUCUUCAAUAGCUUUCGUGAAGACCAUGAAAUAAUGCACUUACGAGACCUCCAGAAACUGGAAGGAGUUCUCUCUCCAUCUCAUCUGGAGGAGAUGGAAUUCGCUCAUUCUCUUAGACAGAGCAAAGUCAACAUAAAGAUGUGUCAGUACUCGUAUGAGCUUCUGCUACAGUUUCUACAUAAGACCCAAUCCACUACUAUACUUGGGAUUAUCAAUGAACAUAUCAACUUUCGAGUUUAUCCCGGACAGCCCAGCUCAAUUUCAGAUGAUACCGAGGUUGUGACACUGACUGGAAGCAGCCAGGACGCAAUCAAUCAGGUCAAUGAGAAGGAAAUACAUUGGGGGUUGCUCGAGGAUUCCUUGGAAGAACGCCUGGAAAAGACUGGAGGUUUGACUUCAGAUUCUGAAAAGGCAGAAGGUGAAAAUAAAGAGCCGGACUGGGAUGACAAUAAGAAAAAACCAGUGGAAGGAGGAAAGCAGGGUUCUUCAAUUAAAAAGUUAAAAAAAGAUAAGGCUGCUGGUGCAGCUGGGAAACCCACACGUUCUGAGACAACCACUGUAGUUAUGGCACCGAGAGUCAAACCAGAGCUUGCUUUGCCUACAGUUUCAGCAGAGGUUGAACAGUCUAUACUCGAAGACUUGAGAAAUCGGGUACAGCUGAGCAUUGUUGCCCUUCCAUCCGUUAGUCUGUAUACAUUUGUCAACACACACAAUGGAUUAAACUGUUCAUCUAUAUCCAGUGACGGAUCUUUGGUUGCUGCUGGAUUUUCUGAUUCAUCAUUGAAGGUUUGGGAUAUGGCAAAGCUGGGGCAACAAUCUGUUGACUCUGGUCUGCAGGGUGACAGUGAGACAACCCCAAAUGAAUUUGGUACAUCUGGAGGAAAAAGAUCCUAUACGCUGUUUCAGGGUCAUUCAGGACCGGUUUAUUCAGCUACUUUUAGUCCUUUAGGCGAUUUUAUUCUUUCCUCUUCAGCCGAUUCAACAAUUCGGUUAUGGAGCACUAAAUUAAAUGCAAAUCUUGUUUGCUAUAAGGGUCAUAAUUACCCUGUAUGGGAUGUUCAGUAUAGUCCUGUUGGACACUAUUUUGCCAGUGCAUCACAUGACCGUACAGCACGAAUUUGGUCUAUGGACAGAAUCCAGCCUUUACGAAUAUUAGCAGGGCAUUUAUCCGAUGUUGAUUGUCUCCAAUGGCAUGCCAACUGCAACUACAUUGCCACUGGUUCUAGCGACAAAACAGUUCGAUUGUGGGAUGUCCAGAGCGGGGAGUGUGUAAGAAUAUUCAUUGGUCACAGGAGUAUGAUUCUGUCUUUGGCGAUGUCGCCAGACGGUCGCUACAUGGCUUCUGGUGAUGAAGAUGGUGCAAUCAUGAUGUGGGAUCUUUUGAGCGGCCGAUGUGUUACACCUUUGAUGGGACACACCUCAUCGGUCUGGACGCUUGCUUUCAGUUGUGAAGGCUCGCUUCUUGCUUCUGGGUCUGCUGAUUGCACCGUAAAAUUAUGGGAUGUAACUUCAAGUACGAAAGUGUCAAGGACGGAAGACAACAAAAGCGGAAAUACAAGUAGACUCAGGUCAUUAAAAACUCUACCGACGAAGUCCACUCCCGUCUAUAGUUUGCGAUUUUCUCGGAGGAAUCUUUUAUUUGCAGCUGGGGUUCUAUCGAAAUAGUUCUUUCUGACAUCACCAAUCACCAAAAUACUUGAAGAGAGAGAGAGAGAGAAAUAGAGAGAGAGAGAGAGAGAGAGAGAGAGAGAGAGAGAGAGAGAGAGAGAGAGAGAUGGCGGGCUGGCUGCAGAUCGCUGUGUAAAAUUUUGUCAUUUUUAUACGCUUUUUAUUGUUAAUUGCAUCAACCUUAACAAUAUUUUUAGUUGGAAGCAUCAUAGAUGCCUUUUGGCGGUGUAGGAAUUUUUUUUUUUUAUGAUAAUGAAAAUAGAUAAUUAUAAAUCAAACUAUGCCCCAAUUUCCUCUAUCCUCACGGCAUCU